GUAUUUGAGGUACGUUUGCAACAAACGCUAAAUUUUAUACACAGGAAUGCGAUGGUAUCAGUAUGGCAAGCCUUCCAAACGCGUCAAACUUCUAUACAUUCUACCAAACACCUUCCACAGUACGGCUCCCAAUUGCUAAAAUUAGGGAUUCCAAGCAAAGAGAAGAACACUCUUCGACGGGAAACGCCCAAGCCGCCGUCCUCUCUCAUCUUUGCCGAGCCCCCCCAACCCCCAAGCCGCGCUCCCCUCCCAUUCUUCCCGAUCCCCAAUCCCUCGCCCUCGCCUCCCAAAUCUGCCCCACUCCCGCGCCCGCGCCACCUCAAAUCGCCCCUCCCCCGCCCACUCGCCACCGCCCCCGCUCGCCGGGCGGCCCUCCCGCCGGCAGGUCCUUCCUCCGGCGCUCGCCAGCAGGGGCGCCGCCGGCCGAAGGCGGCAGGCCGCCUCCGCCAGUCUGCCUGAUCGCCUCCGCUGGCGCCCACCGGCCUCCGCCCGCGGUUCCCUCCGCAGCAGCAGGCCAAGGAGUGAUGGACGAGGAUUACAACUUGGGAAGCAGCUCGGCAGACUGGGGUGGCGGCGGCGGCGGCGAACUGACGGCCACCCCGCCCGAGCAGCAGCAGCAUCAUCAUCCGCCGGAGGGGGCGGCGAGGGCCGCGCGCGCGGUGCGGCCGAACCAGAAGCGGUCGAAGAACUUCAGCACCGCGGAGGACGAGGCGCUGGUGCAGGCGUGGCUGGGCGUCGGCGCGGACCCGGCCCAGGGCGGCGAGCGCGCCGCCUACUGGAGGAGGAUCCACGACCGCUACCACUCCCGCAGGGGGUUCCAGUCCGACCGCAACCAGAACUCCAUCACGCACCGCUGGUCCACCAUCCACGAGAGCGUGGGCAGGUUCGAGAGGUGCCUGGCGCGGGUCCAGGGCACGGGCCAGGAUGGGGUGAGCACUCAAGACGAGAUUAUGCAAGCGCUUGCUCUGUACAAGUCCGAAGAUCAGAACAACAAGUCGUUUCAGUUCCUGCAUUGCUGGAAUCUCCUGAGAACCCAUCAGAAGUGGAUAGACAGGUCGUCCCAGAAACCGUCCCACAAGAAGCAGAAGACGACUCCCAGUUCAAGUCCGAGCUGUGCGCUCGAGGAUGCUGAGGCUGCAGCUCAAGAAUGUGAGGUACCGAGGCAGCCGACAGGAACAAUGGACGAGGAUGUUGAGCAGUUGUCACCUGAGGGAAACAAUUCCGUAGACUGGGGUGGCGGUGACCUGGUGGUUAGCCUGCCUGAGGAGGAACACUGGCCGAUCGGAGUGGUUACUCGCGCUGUGAGACGGAACCAGAAGAGGACCAAGAAUUUCAGUAACAAGGAGGACGAGAUGCUGGUGGUGGCGUGGCUCAAUGUCGGUGUGGAUCCGGUCCAAGGCAGCGAACGCACCGCGUACUGGAAGAGGAUUUUUGACUACUACCACUCCCACAAGGACUGCGAAUCGGAUCGCAACCAAAAUUCCAUCAUGCACCGCUGGUCUACGAUUCAAGAAAGCGUGAGCAAGUUCGAGAGAUGUCUAACCCGAAUUCAGGGUACAAGCCAGAAUGGGGUGACAACUCAAGAUGAGAUUAUGCAAGCACUUGCUCUAUUCAAGUCUGAAGACCAGAACAAUAAGUCAUUUCAAUUUCUGCAUUGUUGGAAUCUCUUAAGAACCCAUCACAAGUGGAUUGAUAGGUCGUCCCAGAUCUCAUCUCAGAAAUUUCCUCACACAUCAUCUCUGAAAAAACAGAAGACAGCUCCCAGUUCAAGUCCGAGUUUGUGUACACCAUGUGCUCUAGAGGACGGUGAGGCUGCAACUAAAGAAUGUGAGGUAUCUAUACAGCCAAUAGGUAGGAAUAAGGAGAAUGAAAAUCUACAGCAAGGUGGAGAUAGUUUGUACCUGGAGGCGAUAGAUGAGGCUGCAACUCAAGAAUGUGAGAUAUCAAUGCAGCCAAUGGAUAGGAAUAAGGAGGGAGAAAAUUUACAACAAGGUGGAGGCAGUUUGUCCCUAGAGGCGAUAGAUAAUCUGCUUGCAAAGGAGAAAGAGGCACAUGCGGAGAAAGAGCGCAAGAAAAAUGAGACAGCAUAUGCACUAGAACAAGAGAGGGUUGCACUAGAACAAAUGAGGGCUGCAAAUGAGGCAAAAAGUCUCGAGACGAGGAGCAAAGAAUUAGAUUUGAAGAGCAAAGAGCUAGAUUUGAAGAUAAUGUUAGAGGAAGAGAGAAUUAUGGCUUUGGACAUUAGUGCCAUGUCUGGGCCACAGCAACAGUACUACAAGAGCCUACAGAAUGAAAUCAUCACCCGGCGAUUCAAUCGCUCAGGUUGAGCUUGUAUGAAACACAAUGUUAGUUUGUCCCUAGAGGUGAUAGAUAAUCUGAGUAUGUUGGGUGCAAAUAUUUAUUCACAUGAAUUAGCAAUAGAUUAUGGUAUGUGAACCUUAUGCCACAUGGACUGUUAUUCGCAAAGAGUUGUUGAAAUGGUA